UAGCACCGUCAACAGGAAGUGGACUGUCAUUCUGUGCUGUGUCCUUGUUAGCUAACGAGCUACAGGCAGGCAAAUGUGUACCAUUUGGAAGGAUGAAUUAAGCCGUGCCUAAAGAGAGAAUUUGAAGAGAUUUGAGUGUCCUCGCUGUAUAUAACAGCACCAUGUUGCGUGUCGGGAGUAAAGCUGCCUGCUUGGCCUGCAGGAACCUGGUCUCCACCAACAUGGGCGUGAGAUUUCGGGUACCCCUGCAGAAGCUGCACCCUCUGUCCCGUGCCAUCCACCACCGAUACUCCAGCAACACAAACCCUCAAAGAGCCCCUCAUCGCACUGCAGCCCGUUAUUUCACUUCCAUGUCACGGUUGCCCAUGCGACCACCUAAGCCUCCCCCAGGAUCAGGGGGCCGUGGCCACCAGCAGCAGCGCAACUUCUGGGUGGCCCGCCUAGCUGCCCGCUUGCUGAAGCUACGAUACAUUCUGCUGGGCUCUGCAGUGGGAGGAGGCUACACAGCUAAAAAGACCUACGAUGAGUGGAAGGACAUGCUGCCCGAUUUCAGUGAAUACAACUGGGUCAUUCCAGAUUUUGUCUGGGAACUGAGUGAACAAAUUGAUCUUGAUAAACUGGCCAAAGCUCUACCAGAGAUGGAGGAAAUAGUCAAACUUCUUCCUGACCUAGACAAGAUAGGAGAGAACUUCACUUUCAUCAAAAGCCUCCUUUCAUCUGGUGUGAGUUUGGGUAGUGAAGUCAAAGGAGCUUCUGGUCUGCACCUGUUGUUAGAAACAUCAGGGGAUCCUCCACUUAAAGCCGCAGAUUCAUCUGCUGCAGCCACACAAGACAGCAGCGACAAGCAAUACAAAAAGGGUCUGCUGGGCGAGCUCAUUCUUAUUCAACAGCAGAUCCAGCGGCACGAGGAGGAGGUCCGGCGGGCCGCAGAAGCCAAUAAUGCGCGCCCCCCACCGCCAGAGCCUGCUCCCAGUCCGCCUCCGAACCCCAGUCCCCUUCAACAGAAACGCAAGUCAUCUGACAGAGAAAGGGUAGACCAGCUUCAAGAAGAACUGCUCCGUACGCAGCUUAAAUAUCAGCGCAUGCUGGAGAGACUGGAGAAGGAGAAUAAAGAGUUAAGAAAAGUGGUGCUGCAAAAGGAUGAUAAGGGGAUUCACCAAAGAAAAGUGAAGAAAUCCCUUAUUGACUUGUACUCCGAAGUUCUAGACAUCUUGUCUGACUACGAUUCAAACUACAAUACCCAGGACCACCUGCCCAGGGUGGUUGUGGUUGGGGAUCAGAGCGCUGGAAAGACAAGUGUUCUCGAAAUGGUAGCCCAGGCUAGGAUCUUUCCCAGGGGCUCAGGAGAGAUGAUGACACGCUCUCCUGUCAAGGUAACACUCAGUGAAGGACCCCACCAUGUGGCCAUGUUCAAGGACAGUGGCCGAGAGUUUGAUCUUUCCAAGGAGGAGGAUCUGGCUGCUCUGAGGCACGAGAUCGAGCUGAGAAUGAGGAAGAGUGUGAAGGAGGGACAAACAGUGAGCACUGAGACAAUAUCUUUGAGUGUUAAAGGCCCCGGCAUCCAGAGGAUGGUGCUUGUUGACUUACCAGGUGUCAUCAGUACGGUGACUGCAGGCAUGGCAGCAGAUACUAAGGAAACCAUUUUCAGCAUCAGCAAGGCCUACAUGCAGAAUCCCAAUGCAAUCAUCCUCUGUAUUCAGGAUGGCAGUGUGGAUGCAGAGCGCAGCAUUGUAACAGACUUAGUUAGCCAGAUGGACCCCCAGGGGAAGAGAACCAUCUUUGUCCUGACUAAGGUGGACUUGGCAGAGAAGAACCUGGCCAGCCCGAGCAGAAUCCAGCAAAUAGUGGAAGGCAAGCUGUUUCCCAUGAAGGCCCUGGGUUACUUUGCUGUAGUGACAGGAAGAGGUAGCAGCAGUGAAAGCAUAGACUCCAUUAAAGACUAUGAGGAAGACUUCUUCCAGAACUCCAGAUUACUAAGGGACGGCAUGCUUAAAGCCCACCAGGUGACCACAAAGAACUUGAGUUUGGCUGUCUCUGACUGCUUCUGGAAGAUGGUGAGGGAGUCUGUUGAGCAGCAGGCGGACGUCUUCAAAGCAUCUCGCUUCAAUCUGGAGACAGAAUGGAAGAACAACUACCCUCGACUGAGAGAGCUGGACAGGAAUGAACUCUAUGAAAAGGCCAAAAAUGAAAUAUUGGAUGAAGUAAUCAGUUUGAGUCAAGUGACCCCCUUACACUGGGAGUCCAUCCUGCAAAAGAAGCUGUGGGAGCGUGUUUCCACCCAUGUGAUUGAAAAUAUAUACCUACCUGCUGCCCAAACAAUGGACUCUGGUACCUUCAACACCACAGUAGACAUCAAGCUCAAGCAGUGGACGGACAAGCAGCUUCCACACAAAGCACUAGAGGUUGCCUGGGAGACACUGCAGGAAGAGUUUGCCCGCUUCAUGGCUGAAUACAGAGGCAAAGACCAAGACGACAUUUUUGACAAGCUGAAGGAGGCUGUGAAGGACGAGAGUAUCAAGAGGCACAAAUGGAACGAGAGGGCCAUGGACAGCCUGAGGGUGAUCCAGCACAAUGCUCUCGAAGACCGAUCCAUCACAGACAAGCCCCAGUGGGAUGCAGCGAUCAGUUUCAUGGAGGAAACUCUGCAGUCCCGCCUCAAAGACACUGAGUCAGUAAUCAGUGAUAUGGUGGGACCAGAUUGGAAGCAGAGGUGGCUGAACUGGAAGAAUCGCACACCAGAUCAGCACAUUCGUAAUGAAACGAAAAAUGAGCUGGAGCGCUUGCUGAAGCUUCACGAUGAUCACACAGCCUACUUGGCCAAUGAUGAGGUCACCACUGUUAGGAAGAACCUGGAGGGACGAGGGGUCGAAGUUGACCCUGUGCUGAUAAAGGACACGUGGCAUCAGCUGUAUCGCCGACACUUCCUGCAGAACGCGCUGUCCCACUGUAACCUCUGCAAGAGAGGUUUCUAUUACUACCAGAGACACUUUGUUGACUCUGAGUUGGAGUGCAAUGAUGUGGUACUGUUUUGGAGGAUCCAGAGGAUGCUGGUCAUCACAGCCAACACCCUCCGACAACAGCUCACCAACACUGAGGUGCGUCGGUUGGAGAAAAAUGUAAAGGAAGUGCUGGAUGACUUCGGGGAAGACCAGGAGAGGAAGAGUCAGCUCAUUACUGGUCGCCGAGUCCAACUGGCAGAAGAUCUCAAGAAAGUUCGAGAGAUCCAAGAGAAACUUGAAGCCUUCAUAGAAGCUCUUCACAAGGAGAAAUAAGAGAAGCAGUCAUCAAAGUAAAUGUAUGGAUCACAACAACAAAAAAAUGCACUGAACAAAGACAACUAAAUAUGUAAAUGACCUUCGUCACCCGCUCCUCCAUAACUCACCAGAUUUUAAUACCUGCCGCUCGGAUUCCUGCCCCCCCCCCCCUUGUCGCUGAUGAGAGAAAUGGACCUUAAAAAAAGGAAAACAUGGAAGUUUGGAUUUCAGCUUUCUUUUUGACUUCUUAUGCUUAGUUGUCAGGGGGACUUCUAUCGAAGCCUAAACAGUCAGAUCAGGUGGAAAAUGAGAAGUUUGCUCAGUGUCAUCUGACACCAGCCGACUCAUUUUCAAGAAAUAAAGGCUGGGUACAUGUUUGGGUGUCCUUCUUUAAGCUGAUGGUAUCUGUGUAUAUAUGAUUAGAAGUUCACACCAUUGAUACUGUUCUGUUGGGUUAAGUAGCCUUGAGUUUCAUACCCUUUUUUUUUUGCUUGGUGCUCCUACAAUAUGUCAUGAAGACGAUCUGGUAUUACAUUUAGCAUUCAUCCGUUUGAUUUUUGUUGCACUUAAAAUCCAAAGCACUUACUGCAGCUGCACUCUUCAUUUACCCUACAUGUAUCCCUUAAGGACAAAGUGUUCCCCUUCUCACCUUGAAUCCAUAAAACAAAAAGAACCUGGUUUGAUAUUCAGCUGCCCUCCCCUCAUCUCUGAUAUCAACACUUUCUGUUGUUCAACCACAACAUGCGCUCGCUAACAGGACAACAAGCAGCUCUGAUGUUGUUGGAAACAAUAUAAUGUAUACAAUUAUUUAGAUUUUUUUUUUUUUGGACGAUACAUUGUUUAUAUGUCUGCCAAAUGCACAUCAUUCACCUUUAGUUCCUGUCUUUGUGUGUGUGUACUGUUUGCACUUCCAUCUUUGUACAUUAACAACAUUCAUCUUUAUGCUUCCUAUGUUGCAGACUGACAGAUAAAAGGCAAACUUCAAACGAAAAGGGGACAUUUUAAAGUGAUUAAAAAUGUAAUGAUACACCUUAUUAAAAGAAGUGCAGCAGGUUCCAACUUCUAAUGUGAUCAAGUUUAAGACAUAAGUAAUUAGAAAUAUAACAUCAGUUUAAAAUGUUUGUCAAACAUGGUUAAGGAAUAUAUAAACCAGAUUCAAGAUACUUAUAACACACAGUACUUUUGACCUGUGCUUUAGACUUUAAUGGUUUAGUAUCCAGUCCAUCUUUACAGAUUGGUACAGUUACACAGGGGUAAGUGGGUUGUCUUUCUGGGUUUUCAAACCACAACAGCUUUAAUCUUUUUUUAUUUUUGCAGGACAGUUAUCUCUGAAAAAAUGUACACAUCACAGAUACCUUUUUCCUCCUCCGUCUCUGAUUGAGUGGUCUUUGAGAUCUUGUGCUUCUUGCUGCUUCAGGGGUGAGAGUACACACCCAAACACAAAGAUAAAUCGUUCUCUUCCUUGGUAAUUGAACAGAAACUGUACUCCAG